UAACUGGUUGACCAGUACCAGCAGAAGAUAUUAGUAGUCUCUACAUCAAAUGUCAAAGGUCAGGCUGUCCUCAAGUCUGACAUUUAUUUUAGAUUUUGCUUAUAAAGAGACACACUGCAUUUUUCUAUGUUUAUGGUUUAACCAUCCUGUUUUGUGCUAUUAUGUUUAUAUCUAACUUAUGCCAGCGUCGAUCAGUCAACACAUUUUUUUGUCUUGGCAAUAUUCUAAACUGUAACCAAACAAGUGUCUCCAACCUUCCGUAUUAAUAAUUCAUUUGCCACUGAAUAAAUUAUUGAAACAUACCCGCUGGACAGCAGCGGACAGGGAGGGGAAAAUACGGAGAGCGAAGGCGUCUCACUGCUGUUGGACCAAUCAGAGGAAGAGCUCCCACACUCCUGCCAACAUUCAGCCAAUCAGAGCAGCACUUCCUCCAUUUCCUGUUGUGGACUCGGACUUGGACAGGGAAAUCCUCUGGUCCAGAAUAUGAAUUAAAUGCCGCUGUGUGCUCGAAUGACUUUACUCUAUUUGUCUUCAGAGGUGUUGCUCGUGACCGAGCCGCGUGCCAUGGCUGAGGGGGACGGCAGGGACCGGCUGUUGCACCUGAUGUCAUGAGGCGUCUGCUGGCAUUUCCUUGACAACCGCCCGAUCAGAUCCAUAUAUUUAUUAAGGGAACACCAUGUCCAUCACGCUGCUGUGGGCUGUGGAUGUGUACGGCAGAGUGUACAGCCUCUCCACAGCCGGCCAGCAAUGGGUGCGCGCCGACGACAUGCUGCUGGAGCUGAAGCGCGUCAGCGCGGGGAAGGGCCGCUGCUGGGGCAUCGGCUGCGACCACCACGUUUACCUCAACAUCAUGCCCAGUGAGACAUCCAUCCGCUACCGGGAGGAAACCUACGAGAACCAGCGGUGGAACCCAGUGGAUGGCUUCACUGAUGUCCUGCUGCCCACUGACCGCUGGCCGUGGAGCGACGUGACCGGCAUGAAUCCUCAACCUCUCCAGAGCUUCCAGCUGCCCUCCCGCAGCUGGGAGUGGGAGGGAGACUGGUAUGUGGACCAGAGCUGUGGAGGAGAACCCAGCCAGACUGGGGGCUGGGAGUAUGCUGUGGAUUUCCCUGCUAACUUCUCUCCAGACAAGAAGUGGAACUCGUGUGUUCGUCGUAGACGUUGGAUCCGUUACAGAAGAUACACUGCACAAGGAACCUGGGCAAAGAUCCCCUUGGACAAUCCCAAAAAAACCCCUCUGCCACUCUGUGACAUCAGCUGUGGUGGCUGGGAGAUGAGUGAUCAAUCUGGAAGGUACCCCUACCUCUGGGGUGUGUCCCAACAAGGACAGGUGUGGUUCAGAGAGGGUAUCCAACCUCGUGUUCCGGAGGGGACUAGUUGGGAGGAGGUGGAAGCCCCCAAAGAGGUGGCUCAGCUGUCGGCCGGCCCUGGAGACCUUCUGUGGGCUCUGCUGUGGGAUGGAAACCUGCUGGUUCGUACUGGCCUCAGCCUGGACAGCCCCACUGGCAUGUCCUGGGUGGAGGUGGAAUCCCCAGUGAAGGAGGUUGAAGCGCUACAUGUGGCUGUUGGAGUCAGUGUGGUCUGGGUGGUCACUAAAGACUACAAGGUGUGGUUCAGGCGUGGCGUGAACUCCCACAACCCCUGCGGCUCUGGCUGGAUCAGCAUUGGGGGAGAGAUGAUGAUGGUGGACAUUGGGCUCAAUGACCAGGUGUGGGCGGUUGGUGAAGACCGCGGCUUGUAUUUUAGGAUGGGUGUGACCCCGCAUGAACCCAGUGGAAAUGGCUGGAUCCCUGUUUCUGCCCAGUGGGGCUGCAAUAAAGAAGGCCUGCCACCCAGGGAUGACGGGGAGUUUAGCGGGCAGCUGACUGAGGCCUCACAGGGCUCGGUCCUGAGCUGCACCGACUCCGACUCCGAGUUAGGUCCCGCCGAUCCACAGCACAGUGCUGCUCACACCCCAGUCCUGGAGGCAGAAGCCCCCUCCAUCGUCCCGUUGGGGGGAGCCGACACCCCCGCGCCGCCUCAGGAAGUAAAAGACGCCCCCGCGGCCCCCCAGCAAGAUGCUCCCAAGGCCUUCAUCCCAACCAGCGACAGCUUCAUCAACAGCCUGGUGUCGGACCGGGAAAGAAGCUCCACGCCGCAAACGUCCAUCAGCGAAUUACCACAGGAGGAGGACGAGGCUCUGCCCCCGGCACCGAUCCUCCCGACCCCCCAGGCUGGGGGACACGACGUGCCCUGGAUGAACGUGGACCUGGAGGGGGCGGAGGCAGCCCGGAGUGCUCUGGCAGCAGGGCGCUCAUUGGGUGACGGUGCCUCGGCAGCCACCUAUGCUCUGGGGGCUCUGGACAGCUCGAAGGGCAUCGGGGAGGAGGACGGGCCAGUGUGGGCUUGGAUUACUGGUGGAGGCUGUGACAUUGAUGCCAGUUCUCAAAUCAGCUGGCUCAGUCCCACAGGUCCUCUCACCAGCUCGUUGUCCCUGACUCCGGUCCAGUCAGCAGCCUGGAGUGAGCAAGCUCAGCAGCAGGAACACAGAGAGGAGAUCAGUAAGAAACCGCUGGAGAGGAGCAACUCGGUGUGGGUGCGUAAAGGUAGCCUGCGCUGGUGGAGAGACUGGAAACCACAACGCUGGAUCGAUGUGGGCGUUGCUCUUGAACAAUCCACAAAGUUUGAUGGCAGGAAAGACAGUAUUUUCUUUGUCUAUUACACACAGUACGACGAGAAAAAGUACCUUCACGUGUACAUAAAUGAGGUGACAGUGUUGGAGCCGGUGCUCCGGGACUGCCCCUAUGCCUUUGCUGUGUACACAGCAGAAAGGACCAAACAAAGAUGGCCUCUGGUCCUGGCGGCCCAAACCGAGCAAGACAUGAAUGACUGGUUGCACCUGUUGUCUGACUGUUGCUGUGAGUGCCGAGGGAUCAGGGGCCCUCCAACCAGACAGGCCCUGUGGUCCACCACUUCAAAGGGAGACAUUAUGGUUCACGAGCCGUCGGUCUGCCUGGAAGUUCCUGGACAAACUGUGGCCUGUGACCACAUGUUCUGGCGGCAGGUCCCGGGCCACCUGCGCUGUGUAGAGUCUAACAGUCUGGGGCUGGUGUGGGGCAUCGGGUGGGACGGCACCGCCUGGGUCUACAGUGGGCCCAACCCGGGAGGUGUCACUGAUAUGCACCAGCAAACCGAUGUCAGGAGUAUACACGUGUAUGAGAAUCAAAGAUGGAACCCUAUGACUGGAUACACAGACAAGUUGGACAUCUUCAUCUCCGCACGUUUCAUACAUUUCUCGACCGUACUGCGGUCUGAAAUAAUGAACGUCCAUUUCAUUAUUGACUCUUCCAGAGGACUCCCGACAGACCGCCCCAUGUGGAGUGAUGAGAGUGGGCUGAAGGAGAGCACCAAAGGCAACACACAUCCACCUUCCCCUCAGUGGUCCUGGGUGUCAGAGUGGGUUGUGGACUACAAUGUCCCCGGAGGAACAGACAACGAAGGCUGGCAGUACGCCGCGGACUUCCCCACGACGUUUCACGGGCACAAAACCUUGAAGGACUUUGUAAGACGCAGAAGAUGGAUAAGGAAGUGUAAGAUCACUGUGAGAGGUCCAUGGAAGCAGGUGCCGCCCAUCUGUCUCAGUGACAUCUCUCUGAUGCCGUGUCUGGCCCAGAGCAGGAUGGAGCAGGUCCCGGUCUGGGCCCUCAGUGAUAAGGGAGAUGUGUUGUGUCGGUUGGGAGUCAGCCUCCAAGACAGAGCGGGCAGCUCCUGGCUUCAUGUAGGCACAGACCAGCCUUUUAAGUGCAUCUCCAUUGGCGGAGCCAAUCAGGUGUGGGCCAUCGCUAAGGACGGAGCCGUGUUCUACAGAGGGUCAGUGUCCCCACAAAACCCUGCAGGGGAAUGCUGGUAUCAUAUCCCAUCUCCCCUGAGACAGACUCUCAGACAGCUGUCUGUUGGACGGACUUCUGUGUUUGCUGUAGAUGAAAAUAGUAACCUGUGGUACAGACAGGGCCUCACCCCCAGCUACCCCCAGGGCUCCGCCUGGGAGCUCAUCUCCAACAAUGUGACCAAGGUCUCUGUGGGACCACUGGACCAGGUUUGGAUCAUCGCUGAUGGCGUUCCAGGCUUCCCUGCUGAGACGCCCGGAGCCGUCUGCCACCGGCUGGGUGUGGGCCCCAUGCAGCCCAGAGGCCAGUCCUGGGACUAUGGCAUAGGGGGAGGAUGGGAGCACAUCAGUGUGAGGGGGAACUCAGCAGAGGCUCCACGGGCCCCCCCCCCCUCCUGCCCCGGGCUCCUCCCGCAGCCCAGCCCCUCAAAGGGCGCCGGCCCAAGCCAACGGAAACGCCGUCCCCGUUUGUGCCUGGAUCUGCAUUCAUCCCCACGGACCUUCUCCCACAUUCCCUACCUG